CAUUGUCUCUCUCUCAACCUAACUCGCCUCAUUUCGGCUCUGUUCUCAUUUUCGCCUUCCUUUGGAAAAUAUGGCGGACUUAAGCUUCUAUGUCGGAGUCAUAGGAAAUGUGAUUUCGAUCUUAGUGUUCCUCUCUCCCGUGGAGACGUUCUGGAGAAUAGUGAGGAGGAGGACGACGGAGGAGUACAGGAGCUUGCCGUACGUGUGCACGCUGUUGGGUUCGUCGCUUUGGACAUACUACGGGAUAGUGACGCCGGGCGAAUAUCUCGUCGCCACCGUCAACGGCUUUGGUGCGAUUGUCGAACUCUUCUACGUCUCCCUUUUCCUCCUCUUUGUCCCUCCUCCUUACAAGUUGAACACGGCCUUGUUGGUCGGAAUGUUGAACGUGUUUUUUCCAGCGACUGCGAUUGCGGCCACGAGAACCGCGUUUAAAGACGAGAAAACGCGUUCUCAUGCCAUGGGAUUCAUUUGCGCCGGUCUCAACAUCAUCAUGUAUGCAUCUCCUCUCUCCGCCAUGAAAACGGUGGUGAAGACGAAGAGCGUACGGUACAUGCCGUUUUGGCUGUCGUUUUUCCUCUUCUUAAACGGCGCGAUUUGGGCCAUCUACGCUUCCCUCCUACACGAUGUUUUCCUCUUGGUGCCGAAUGGGGUGGGGUUUGUGCUGGGGACAAUGCAGCUCAUUCUUUAUGGAAUUUACAGAAAUGCCAAACCCAUCAACCGCACACAAAGCAUUGAUGGUUUAAGUGAUAUUCCCGAAGAUGAAGAAGCCCCCUCUCCACGUCGCCCUCUCCUCUCCUGACCCGACCCGACCCGACCCGACCCAUUUCUUAUAAAUUAAAAAAUUCGAGUAUUUAGUGUUUUUGUGAUAUUUUUUUUAAUAUAUUGUCGCUUAUAAAUAUCAUGUCUAUUUCUUUUUCUAUUUUGUUGGGCUGGUCAUCCAUGCUCGCUUGUAUGCCAAGUUUUUUCUCUCCCUAUUUUGUGAUCGUUUCUAUGUUAUUUUA